AUAUAUAAUUUAAUUUUUUUAAGUGAGAGAUGCUCUAGUUGGGGCACAAAUCUUAAAAGGUCUUAUUAAUAAAAACAAACCUGGAGUCAGGUAUUGGGGUGAACACUGAAAGAUCAGAGAAGCAGAACAAGCCAGCCAACCUCACCUCACCAAUUCCUCAGCUGAUCCUGUUUCCUCAGACUGAAAGCCUCUGAGUCCUCAUCCGAAUGGAUCUCAGCUGAACCGCUGCUUAAACUAAAAGCUUAACUGGCUCUAGUUUCUGGUCCUCACGCCUUAUAUACCUUUCUGCCUCCUGCCACCACUUCCUGGGAUUAAAGGCGUGUGCGCCACCAUUUUCUGGCCUCUAUGUCUAUCUAGUGGCUGUUCUGUCCUCUGACCCCAGAUAAGUUUAUUAAAGUGCACAAUAUAUUGGGGGACACAGUAUCACUGCAGGGCAGUGGGUGUUAAGCUGUGGGAAUGGUGAUGCCAUUGCAGAUUGGAACCCUGGAAGAAAACUGGGAGCUAAAUCGGACUAUGUUAAGUCAUAAGGGCAGAUUCCAGGCCAACGGACCUGUCACUGGGCGGUUCUAAAAAUGCUCAGAAUGAAGACAUGAUCUGGGACAUCAUUAGUUUGUAAAAAGUAUAAAAAUACCCUAGGAAAAGGAAAAGGAGGGACACAAUAUCAAGUCUUGGGAUAUUCCAGCGUGUAGAAGCCAACGUGAAGCCAGGAAAGGAAGCAGAGAGAGUGUGGUAGAGGACCCAAGAACCAGAAUGAACCAGAAUGGAACCAGAUGAAGUGUGUUGUAAAAAAGGACAAAGUCUUCAUCGUGUGAAAUUCUGCUGGGAGAGGCCAUGUAAAAUAAAGACACGAUGGGUCCACCAAACGGCAGCGCACUUUAUGAUUAUAAUAAUGAAGUUUCAGUAGGCUGGUUUGGGCAGAAAUCUGAGUGGCGGGAGUUUCAGAGUAAAUGCUGACUUCUGAGUAAGAGUGACAGAUAACAGGACAGACUGAUGGUUCACUAUCUUUAAUGGCAACACUCCCAAGACAGAGGUAGGCUGUGAGUUUGAGGCGAGCCUGUUCUACUUAGAGAUUUCCAGUCUAGCCAGAGCUACAGAAUGAGACCCUGUCUCAAAAUAAGUUAUUUGGGAAAAAUAAGCUAUGAGGAAAUAAAGAAGGUGUGGGGUAUCUUGGGAGUCCAUGCGGCAUGUUGGGUGGGGGUACCUGAGAUGAAAAGAGCCAGCACACUCCUGGGAGGUUUUCUAGCCAGCAGAGAUGCCGAGAAGGUGGAGAUUAGGCCUGAUGCACCUCUGACAUCCAUGCUGGGGGACAGAGCAUGGCGUCUUCACAGGGGCCUUAGAAUGACAGCCCUGGUAGACAUGUGUCUUUCAAUCAGGCCCCAUCAGCUUCCAGAUGAUAAUUUGGAACUGAAGUACAGAGAGGGUAAAUUAGGGACAAGGCCACACAACAGGCCUGAGCCAGGCAUCUGCGCCCCACCCCACCCCCAGCAGCAACCCGCCUCACAACUGAGCAGGAGAGCCGUCUCCCCCAAAGCUCAUUCUCAUCCGUAAGUGGGAGAAGAAGGUUUCUUCUGGCCAAGGAAGCUAUUCUCUCUGGAAAACAACCUCUUCUCUCUUAAUGAGGACAUUAAUAAUACAAUCCUGCUGUCAACUAACAUCACCAUGACGCAAGCACUUCCCUUAAGUUUCAUGUUAAGUGAUUCAGCGCUCAGAGCCCUACGCAGUGGUUUACCCGGCUUCACUACUUUAUUCUGGAACUGAGUGGGGAGUCAGACAUCCGGUGACCUGCCCACGUCAGGAAGCUUCAAGACACAGAAGUCAACGUGCUUGGCUUCCUGUCAGAGGCCUCGAGUGCUGGCAGUCAUUCCUGAAAAGGUCUAGCCUCGGAGCCUGAGUGUGGGAGGCCACCUUGGCUACCAAGCCCCACUGUACUUGGUGCGGCAAGGCCAAAUGUUUCUCUGGAGCUCCCUUGAAGCACACUGGUAUAGCCAGGAGAGGUAGCAGAAGCCUAUGGGAGCUGGAAGGGCCCUGGCCUGUGCACAGGCCAGAAGGAAUGGGCUGACUAGUCUGGGCCAAAACCAGAGGGUUUUUCUAGUAGCCCAAUGAAAGGAGGCUGUGAAGACCAAAGCUGAGUGUGGUGGUACAUGCCUAUAAUCCUGGCACUGGAGAGGUGGAGAUAGAAAGAUUAAGAGUUCAAAGCCUGCUUCUGCCACACAAUAGGUUCAAGGCCAGCCUGGGCUACAUUAAACUGCCUUAGAAAGAAACAAAUGACUUACAGCCUCAAGUCAGGAACUAACUCUGCUUCUUCAGACGGGACCUGUCUGGCUGUGGUUCCUCCCACUUCCUCCUGCAGAACAAUCUUCUUCCUGCCUUAGGCCUGAGACCGUACCAGCCUAGGGGCAUGGGUCUCUCUCCUCAGCAUUUUCCUCUUUUUAGUACCCGGGAUUUCACCCAGGACUACUCCUGAGCUCUAUCCUCAGCCUUCUGCCUAUCUAUCUAUCUAUCUAUCUAUCUAUCUAUCUAUCUAUCUAUCCAUCCAUCCAUCCAUCCAUCCAUCCAUCCAUCCAUCUAUCUAUCUAUCUCUCUAUCUGUUUAUUUGAGACAGGAUCUAACUAUGAAGUCCCAGGAGGCUGGGAACUCACAGAGAUCCACCUGCCUCUGCCUCCCGCAUGCUGGGAUUAAAGGUGUGCGUCACCACCGCCCAGUUCCUUCUUUAAUUUUUUAAUAUUGAGACAGGGUCUCACUAAGUUACCCAGUCUGGCCUGGCACUUUUGGCCUUCCUACUUUAGCUUCCCAAGUAGCUCAGGCCACAGGCCCGUGAACCAGAUCUUUCACACGAUCUUCGCACCUCACGAGUCUGGAGUUCUCAUUUUCACAGUAGCUUCCCAAUUCAUGUCCUUAGUGGGAACCAGACGGGCACUAUCCCCAAGACUCCAUUCUUGCCAGGCGGCAGUGGCACAGGCCUUUAAUCCCAGCACUCGGGAGGCAGAGGCAGGCAGAUCUCUGUGAGUUCAAGGCCAGCCUGUACCACAGAGUGAGUCAAAAACAGCCAGGGCUACACAGAGAAACCAAAAAAAGACUCCAUUCUCAGAAUCUGAGUCCCCAUACUUGGCUCUACAGGGGCAUGCAUGGGGGUUGAAACAACCUGGGCAUCUUGAAGCCAGCCACAUCUAGCACAGGACAGACCUGUGAAUCUGUGUGCUGCCCUUGAUGUCAUAACUGUGGCUUUGGGCCAAUGAGGCUGCAAAUGGGAAUUGCCUUCCCAAAGUCCUCUCACUUACCCUACCCCGAAACUAACAAGUUUUCCCCACCUCUCCUGGUCCUGACCCUGCCCUAACAUGACAGCUCUUACUGGAUGGGGCCCGCUGACCCCUAUAACCUGUUGAGAGCAGCCAGGAUGCUCAGAUAUGAUUUCCAGGUGAUCCUUGCGUCGGCUCACCUCCCAGAUCAUACAGCACCACAGACACUGUGACAGUUGCUCCAGUCACACCGUGGCCAAUGACAGCCUGCUGGCCUGCCCCCUCCUCCAACAUGCUCUGCACAGACAGGCCCACGUGUGUCCCCAGACGCCUGAAUCACUGCUGACAGCUUGGGACCUGUCGGCCGUGGGCUCCUGGGGAGCCACCGGAGAGGGGGUUAGCAGCCACGUUGUCGCCUCCUAGGGAACACCUGCAGACAUAAAUAGACAGCCCGCCAGGGCAGCAGAACAGAGCCAACAGAGCAGCGCUGCACACAGUGCCCACCUAUGCUCGCCAGAAUGCUCAACGCUACGCUGUCUGCUUGCUUCCUGAGCCUGCUGGCCUUCACCUCUGCCUGCUACUUCCAGAACUGCCCGAGAGGCGGCAAGAGGGCCGUGUCUGACAUGGAGCUGAGACAGUGCCUCCCCUGCGGCCCCGGCGGCAAAGGGCGCUGCUUCGGGCCCAACAUCUGCUGCGCCGACGAGCUGGGCUGCUUCGUGGGCACCGCCGAGGCGCUGCGCUGCCAGGAGGAGAACUACCUGCCCUCGCCCUGCCAGUCGGGCCAGAAGCCGUGCGGGAGCGGGGGCCGCUGCGCCGCCGCGGGCGUCUGCUGCAGCGACGAGAGCUGCGCGACCGAGCCCGAGUGUCGCGAGGGUUUUCUCCGGCUCACCCGCGCCCGCGAGCCGAGCAACGGCACGCAGCUGGACGGGCCGGCCCGGGCGCUGCUGCUCCGGCUGGUGCAGCUGGCUGGCACGCGGGAGGCCGUGGAUUCUGCCAAGCCCCGGGGCUACUGAGCCGUCGCCCCCACGCCUCGCCCCUACAGCAUGGAAAAUAAACUUUAAAAAAUGCA